AUUUCUCCUUUAUCGUUUUGGAGCUCGAUUUUUCCAAGUAAAAAAAAGAUCGAAAAUGAUGAUAACACUCCGGAAAUUAUUCAAACAUUCCCGGAAGAUCUACAGAAAAAUAUCAGUGUCUCACUUAUCAUCGAAGCCAGAUGGCAAAACCCACGACGAAAGAAGGAGAGAAAUAAUGGCUAAAGGGCUGCCAAAGCAAAAGCCCAUCGAAGGGGUCAAACAAAUUCUGAUUGUUGCCUCAGGAAAAGGGGGUGUUGGAAAAUCCACUACAAGUGUAAACCUGGCAACUGCUCUGAAAGUUGUCAUGCCAGAGAAGCUGGUGGGGCUGUUGGAUGCUGAUGUCUUUGGCCCGACAAUUCCCCUCAUGAUGAAUUUACAUCAGGAGCCUCUUCUGAAUGACAAGGGGCUGAUGGAACCACUCGUGAAUUACGGGGUCAAAUGCAUGUCCAUGGGUUUCCUGGUGAACGAGAAAUCUCCUGUGAUCUGGCGAGGGCUCAUGGUGAUGAGCGCCUUGGACAAGCUCCUUCGUCAGGUGGCCUGGGGGCCUCUGGACUAUUUAAUCGUGGACACUCCACCAGGGACAGGAGACACUCUGCUAUCAUUGAUCCAGAAUAUUCCAGUCAGCGGGGUUCUGAUCGUCACUACUCCUCAGAGAGCUGCCUCAGAUGUGGCCAGACGUGGUGCCAAAAUGUUCCAAAAACUCGAUGUACCCAUUGCUGGGCUCGUUGAAAAUAUGAGCAGUGUCUCCUGUCCAAAAUGCCAUCACGAUAUUUCGUUAUUUGGAGAGGGAAGUGGAGGACUAGCUGAGGAACUAGGUAUAAAACUUCUCCGAAAAUUUCCUCUCCACGAAUCAAUAACCCAGAGUGGAGACGCAGGAAGGCCACUAGUCCUCUCUUCACCGAAUUCUCCAGAAUCAAAGUUAUAUAAAUCUCUUGCCCAAGAUGUCAUUGAUUUUUUGCAGAAUCAACAGAAAAAUAGAGCAAUGAAAACACAUGAUUCAACAAGUAUUCAUUCGAGCAACACCGCCGAAGUUUACGAUGUCCCAAUGAGCGUUCUAAUCCGACCAAUACCACCCGAAGUGAACGAGGAGAAGGUCAAGGGUUUGAUGGAGACAAUUCAAGACCCAGAGACCGUCGACCUAGUGCCCCCCAUCGACGUUCUAUGGAUCACAGGACGAGAAGGUGGCGAUUACUACUAUUCAUUCGGUGGCUGCCACAGAUACACAGCUCACAAGCGCCUCGGCAGAUCCACCAUAAAGGCAAAGCUCAUAAAAUCAACUAUUACUGACUUGGAAACAUAUCUCGGAAGCUCUACUCCUGAUUUGAAAUGAAUCCUGCAUUGACAAUUGUUCUGCUAUUAUGAAUUGUGCCAAGAUAAUUACUUUAUUUUGUAAUAAAUUCGUUCAUAAUUA